AUGCACGCCCACGGUGUCGCGGCCCCAGUCGUUACCUGAUAAUUCCCACGGCAGUUGGGGGUUUUCUUGACAAAAAGACGAUGCAGGCUGUUGACGCGGAGGCAGGCUGGGAUGCCGCGGGACGGAGACUGACGCAAGAGCCUGGGGAAGCGGCAGCCAGCGUGUCAACAAGCGGGGACACAAAAUGCAAAGAAAACAAACCGGGCGCGGCACGAAACUGAUGUUGCGUCAUGCUGCUGUCCCGGAACAGCGUGGACCGUGUGGGUUUGCGAAGUCGGCACUCGGGGCACGGCAUGGAAGGGACUGCCGCAAUGCGACACCCCGAGCCUGCCGGCGCCGACUCCAUCGGCGACAACCCCCUUUCGGUGACACCAGGAAGGUGGGCUCGGCGCCGGAUGAUGGCAAGUGGGUGGGUGGAUGGACGGCUAGAAUCUGCGGGCAUGCACGCGGAACCCGAAAUGGCGAUGGUUGUCUUGACGCGAACUGCGUCACCAAACGCCCGCGAGAUUACUUAGCCGGGAGAGUGACGGCGAUCUCAGGGACCCGCCGGCGGCGCGAUGAUGAUGCACUCCAGCGCCGGCCGACGGCUUCACGUGAGAGCGACUUGUCAAACCCGUGGCGUUUUGUUGGCGUGGCUUGCCGUGCCUUGGACAAGUGGCAACGACCUACCAUCGGAAUGGCCGGUUAAAAGGCGUUCAUGCCAUCAUUCCGACAUACUUCCUCCGUGGUCGUCGGAGAGAUCAAGCCACCGGCCACUCUCAUAGGUUGGUCUCGGCCGGCCUGCUUCUGGAACUUCCUGAUCGACGGUUGUGGUAACCGUGGGAGGGAAGCAAAAAGAAAGGAGAAGAUCUACGAAGCGAGAA